UGCUUCCCAACUCGAUAUCUUUGCAACGUGGUUUAAUAAACGCAAGAACUAUCCAAAGAAAUCUUGAUUGCAAUAUUGACGCCGGCAGGGUAUGGUUGCGCGCUAACAGUGGCGUACACUGCAGAUUUUUCACUGGCUUCCUGAGCGGUUCCACCAGCCAUGAAUUAUAUCGCAGUAGGUAUCGUGACCGCCAUCAUAAUCAUAAUUUGUGAAAGGAUUUGGAAAACAUUCACCGAAUACCGGCGUAUCAAGCAAUGCCUGGAUCUUCUUCCGGGGCAGAAACCUCGCCACUUUCCCAUUGGUCACUACGGUUCUAUUAGCACCAAGCAUGACGAGUAUUUCAAGGAGGUCUACGAAUUUUUCACCCGUGAGGAAUCUCCGCUGGGAAUUUAUCAGUUUUGGUCGGGUCCCUUUCCCUAUGUCGUGUUAACGAAGGGCGUAUCGGCUGAGUUAGUCCUGAGCAGUUCCAAGCACAUCGAAAAAGGCCGGGAUUAUGAUUUUCUACGGCCCUGGCUAGCGACCGGUCUCCUGACCAGCACCGGUGAUAAAUGGCGGGGUCGACGAAAGUUCCUCACUCCGGCCUUCCAUUUUCAGAUCCUCACGGAUUUUGUGGAGGUGUUCUAUGAACAGAGCCUGAUCCUGGUUCAGCAACUCGAGGCAAAAAUUGACGCUGACAAGGAAGCGUUCGAUAUUUAUCCUUACAUUACGCGAUGUACAUUGGACAUUAUCUCCGAAACCGCAAUGGGGAAAAAGAUCAACGCCCAAACCAAUAGCGAAUCAGAAUACGUUAAGGCAAUUUACAGCGUAUCAGAUAUAACGUUCGAUCGUAUGAUCCGCCCAACCAUGAUGUGGGACCCCAUCUUUUACAUCCUUGGCCGAGGUCGACAAUUUAAGCAAGAUCUGAAAACACUGCACGAUUUUACCGAUAAGGUCAUCGUGGAGCGUCGAGUGGGUGGCAUCGACAGGCGCCGCAGUAGCGCUGCUGUUACUAACUCAACCGGCCGACGUAUACAGCGAAUGGCAUUUCUGGAUUCCCUUCUGCAAGCGCGUACCGAUGACGGUCAGCUGCUUGAUAACGCCAGCAUCCGCGAGGAAGUGGAUACAUUCAUGUUCGAAGGGCAUGAUACAACGGCCGCAGCGGCCAAUUUUGCCGUAUACCUGUUGGGCCGGCAUCCGUUCGUACAAGAAAAAGCACGGACGGAAGUCGACGCGGUAUUCGGACGGUCCCAGCGGUACCCAACGGUCGAGGAUCUGAAAAAUUUACCAUAUUUGGACAAAGUUCUCAAGGAAACGCUGCGACUUUUCCCGUCGGUGCCAUUUAUUUCCCGUAGGGUAAACGAAGACUUCCAUGUCGGCGAAUAUUUGGUGCCGAAAGGCGUCACCGUAUCCGUCUAUAUUUACGCGAUGCACCGAGAUGCCGACGUUUUCCCUGACCCCGAGCGAUUUGAACCGGACCGCUUCGAUUCGCACGGCGAAGGCAGCGAUACUUUCAAUACGGCUUUCGAUUACGUACCAUUCUCCGCGGGUCCCCGCAAUUGCAUUGGUCAGCGGUUCGCGCAAAUGGAGGAAAAGGUCAUCUUGAGCACACUACUGCGUAACUUCAUCAUGGAAUCCAUUGUACCCAUGGAAGAGUUUGCCAUUCAAGGCCAGCUGAUUACCCGUCCUGUCCAUGGACUUUAUGUCAGAUUCAAAAAGAGGGCCGAGGAUCUCUGAACACCACCAUAAUCGUCAAGAUUUUGUUUUGUUUACAAAGGAAUUCUGAGAUGAAAAAAAUGAAACUUCCAAUACCAUUUUCUAUACUUCCAGUAUACUACUGCUGAUUUUCGUAGUAUAACGCAUACUACUACAAAGUACGUUGGUUUACGAUUCAUCAAACGCAAAAGUACAUCCAUGGCUGUUGCACAGAAUGAAGAGUUUGAUGGUCAAAAUAAAGAGGAAAAUAGAA